GCAGUGAACGACGCCAGGAGCUGUUUCUUCGAAGCCUGAGCAGAUCGUGCGAUGGUCCCAAAAAGAUUGAAAACAUAUAAUUUCUGUGGAAUCGAGGCUUCCCAGAUGCGAUGGUGCCUUCUGUCGCUUCUCUGAUCGCGACACCGAAGAGGGAAGUAUAUAUUUGAGAGGGUUCUGUAACUCGCGAGGCUUGCAGCCUGCACAACAUCCCCGCGGACCGUUUGUCAGAAAAGGCCGAAUUCCGGUGCCUCAUCACCAUUUGGUGAAGCCGAGCUUUGCAUAUGUGCUCUUAUGUUGCCGUAGCCUCCGAACAUAUAUACCACGCCAUGUUGUGCGGUCUUGUUCCAGUGCCUUCUCUUCAUCUCUGCACUCUUAAACUGUGAUUUUCAGUACAGUACUUUCGUUCCCUACCGGCUACAGCUGAAUGGAUGGCGCCGUAGGCGUCCUGACAGAGCAAAGUCCUGAGGUGAUGACCUUCUAUCACCUGAAGGAACUUGCUUGUGACGCCACGAUUGCCUCCAUGUUUCUGAUUUUGUACGACUUUGCUCUAACUAUCGGUCAAGAGAUAGAACUCAUAUGGCGAUCGGCCUGGUCACCACCCAAACUGGUGUAUCUUCUUGUGGAACCUCGAGCUAAGUCAGCAUCCAUCCAACCCAUUCUGACACGUUUACUACAGCCGUCGCGACUGGCAGACGCUCAGCACCCAGAUGUCGGUAUCUUCACUGAUCCCGGUUUUAUGUUACCUAACGCGCUGCAUGGUUCUCCUUCAGGUAUGGCUCUCUAUCAGUUGUCAACUUGGUACGCAUGGUUGAGCUUGAUGAUGGUUCAGUUGGUCGUGCAAACCUGGUUGUAUGCGCUGUUCAAGAGGAGUACGGUCUCCACUAUUCUUAGUACAUUCGUAACGGUCAAAUUGAAAUGUCCCACCUGCGAUCGUUUAGGUCGGUGUCUAAUCUAUGCCCUGGCAGCAGCAUAUGUCACUCUCGGCGCGUUGACAUUCACGUCUAUCUACAUGAGUAUGUCGCAACUACGCGUUGUCGGUCAUUCUCCUGUCUGUACUGCCCUGAGGCGAGACGUGGCAGUGGGGCCGUCCAUCAAGGACCUAGUUUACGCGGCUUCUACGUCAACAAACAUCCCUCCAUUCAUCGAGGCCACAUUGUUGCCUUCUCUGGCCUAUAGUGUCUUCAUGAUAGGACUGCUCACGUACAAAGCCACAGCCACUUUCUAUGAUCCCCGUGCAUGCCAGAAAUACGCCCUCGCCACCGUUUUAAUUCGUGACUCAUCUAUCUGCUGCCUCAUAAUUGCCUUCUUCAGCAUUGUAAACGCUUUGCUUAUCACAGUAAUGCCACAUGACCUCAUACAAGCUGGAGUCGGCUUCGGUAUCGCUGUACCCAGCAUUGCUAGUUCGCGCAUGUUGCUCGAUUUGAGGGACGUGGACAGAAAGAGAGGCAGGGUAACGGACGUUCAAGGCGUCCCAGUAUCACAAUGGGAGACAAUGUUCCAUAUCUCAUAGAUACCAAUCAUCAUUCACCAGCGCGCCGAGAGCCUUGUAACGGACCACACCAAAAGAUAGAACUUCCCCUCUGUGACUGGGGCGAAUUCAGGUCUUUCGACUUCCUUCAACGUUGCCCAAGCUCGGACUUGGCCUGGCUGGAAGACCUGUUUCUCCCACAUCUCCACCCAGCUCUCGGGACCGUGACAGAACAUAGCUUGCGUUCGUACGCCCAAUACUGGGACCUCGGUACGGUAUCCCUUCUGGGACCUACCAACGUGCGCGCCGAAUAUGAUCGAUCCGGGUUCAGCGGAGAGGAGCGAAGCGACUUUUUUCGCGAGGUGGAAUUGUUGCUCCUCGUCAAACAAAUGGAAGAACGCGGAAGUAUGGAUGGCAGACAGGCGCCCCAGAAGUGGCGUCAAUUUUGUCAAGCUUGAUAGAGGUGGAAGCUCCGUUGUCGUAUCUGCUUUACGGGCUUCGUCUGGGAGAAAGUUGAUAUCGAAGACGUCACCGGGUAUGAAGGGGACAGGAAAGGUCUCCUUGGUGUCCUUGAACAGCUGGUGCCCAAGCUCCCAGAAUUCUGAUGCGUUUGGUGAGAUUAUACGCCGACUCAUAUCAAAUAGCAUUACAGACCUGGACGGAGGUCGGAUGCCAAAGCUUGUUGUACCGGAAAGCCGUCUGCUACUGCUUUUCUGACGUCAUUACCAACUGUAGAACACAAUCUAGCAAUGAGUGCAUGCACAUUUCCGCUAUGGCCUCGGCCUUCUGAAUAAACCUCUAACUUCAGACUC